CAAUGGGUUAUAGACAUUUGAAGGGAAUAGGAGUCAAUUAGAAUUGUUCAAAUUCUGCUUCAUUUUAUUUGCCAGUAUUAGAAGAAUUCGCAAAUUCACCAAUCAAAGCAAAAUAUUUAAGUGAAAAUAGAUAAGUAGCCAAAGCUUUGUAUGAUAGUAAUUUCUAUAUGAAUCAUGAAUUGGACAUAUUUGGACAUGCUCAAAUAUUUGAGAAUUUGAAUAUGAUCACUUAUGAUUCAGCUAUUGAGGUUAAACAAUUAGCAUAUAGUUUUUACUAUGGAUUAAAUGGACUUAGAAGAAAUUUUGUUAAGGCAUAUUAAUUAUAUUACAAAUUAUAUGAUUAAUUAAAUGAUAAAGAAUCUGGUAUUAAAGUAGCUUAGAUGAAUAUUGAAAAUUUGGGAAUAGAUAAACCAAAUUAUCAAUUGGCUUUUGAAAUUUUAAAUACAAUUGAAACAUAAAACUAAGAAUAUUAAGGGAAAAUUUAGAAUGCAUUAGGUUACAUGUAUUUUAAGGGAUUGGGAAUACAAUAAGAUAUAUUAAAAGCCUAAGAUUGUUUUAGAAGUAUUUUAUAACAAUUUAAAAUAUUUAGAAGCAGCAGACCUAUAAAAUAAUGAUGGUUAAUUUAAUCUGGGAUCCUUAUAUAUGUUACCUUCUACAAUAUAAAGAGAAAGAAAUUAACAAAAAGGAGUUUAAUUAAUAGAAUAGGCAGCUGUAACUGGACAUGCAAUGGCUUAAUAUAGUCUAGCAUUAAUAUUACUAGAUGGAGUAGAUCUAUUUUAUUCAUGUGAUUUAGCUGCUACUUUAUUACAUGCUUCAUCAUCAAGAGGUCCUUGGGCUGAUACACUAAAAACAGCUAAUUAUCUAUUUUAAUAAGAAUAGUAUGCUUAAUCAUUAUCUAAAUAUUUUGAAGCAGGAUAUAAUGGAUUUGUUGUGGCUCUAUGUAAAUAUAUAGUAUUUAUUAAUUUAUAGAAAAUGCUGCUAUUGUAAUGGAAUAAAAUGAAGCCUUUUAUUAUGAUAUUCUACACUUUAGUGAUAUUCAAAAAAGACUUAAUAAUGAUCCUGUUUAUCAAAUUAGUAAUAUAGAUAAUAAAGAUGCAUUUACAUAUUUAUAUUAAGAUUAUUUAUAAUUUGUAAAUUAAUCAACUCUUUAUGAUUUAUUACAAUUAGAUAGUUUUUAAUUAAAUGGAGUAUUAUAAUAUAGAUUUCUUACAUAAUGUGCUAAAGAGAAGGAAGCUAUUUGUCAUAUGAAAUUAGGAGAUUAUUAUUAUUAUGGAAAAUAUGAUGAAAUGGAUUAUAAAAAGUCAUUUUAACACUAUAAAAAAGCAUUGGAAGGUCAUUUAAUUGAUGCAAUUAAAGCUCAUGUUUAGUUUAAUAUAGGAUUAAUGUAUGCUUUAGGUUAGGGUAUUAAUAUGAAUAGAACAAAAUCAAUAGAAAUAUUUGAAUAAUCAAUUACAAGUUAUUCACUAAUUCCAAUAUUGCCAGUUAAUGUUUAAGUUCAAAUAAUUGAUUUUUUGGUUAACGUAUAUAAGUAAAUAGAUUAAAGUGGAAUAGAAUAGUAUUUGGAUGUGAAUUAUUUAGAUUUUGCAUUCAGAUUAAUUGAUACAAUUGAAGAAUGUGUAAUAGAUAAUUCUUAAGCAAUUUUAAAUGUUUCUGUGGGAUCAUUAAUGGUGAUUCUAUUUGGAUGGCGUUUGAAAUUAAUUAAUUAAUAAAACUGA